AUGAUCACUGGGACUACUAAUUUUCCGCAUAAUAAGAAAAGGACACUCUAUGUUGGUGGUUUUGGUGACGAAGUUAACGAGAAGCUUUUACACGCAGCAUUUUUGCCCUUUGGUGAGAUAGUUGGUAUUUCUGUACCUAUGGACUAUGAAACUGGCAAGCAUCGUGGCUUCGCCUUUGUCGAGUUUGAGUUACCUGAGGAUGCAGCUGCUGCAAUUGAUAAUAUGAACGAUUCUGAAUUAUUUGGUCGAAAUAUCCGCUGCAAUUUCGCUCGUCCUCCUAAAGCGAACGAAAGGAGUCAACGUCCUGUUUGGGCAGAUGACGAGUGGUUGAGAACCUAUGGUGUUAGUGGAAGUGUAAAUCGUGAAGGGGAAGCAGAACCUGAAGUUAUUGAUUCAGCAGCGACAUCAGUAGACGCUCCGAAACCUGCUUUGCCUCGGGUUUUUCUUGGGAUUCGUAUUGGCAUCAGGUAUAUAGGAAGAAUUGUAAUUGAGCUUCGUUCCGACGUUGUUCCAAAAACAGCAGAAAAUUUCCGGCAGUUAUGCACUGGAGAAAAGGGUUUCGGUUAUGAAGGUUCUCAUUUUCAUAGAAUUAUCCCUCAGUUUAUGAUACAAGGUGGUGAUUUCACAAAAGGUGAUGGUACUGGCGGGAAGUCUAUAUACGGGCCAAAAUUUCCAGAUGAGAAUUUUAAAUUGAAACAUGUAAUGCCGGGCACUGUAUCUAUGGCGAACUGUGGUCCGGAUACAAAUGGCUCUCAGUUUUUCAUCUGUACGGAAAAAACAGACUGGCUGGACGGGAAGCAUGUAGUUUUUGGGCGCGUCGUUGAAGGGAUGAAUGUAGUUAGGCAAGUAGAGCAGCAGGGUACAAAGAGUGGUAAACCAAUGAUGCAGGUUACCAUAGUGGAAUGUGGAGAAUUGAAUUCUGAGAAUACGCAUGAAGCUUCUAAGGACCAAAGUGAAUAA